AUGCGACGACUUCCCUCACCGGCCCAUCGAGCCACGAACCGGGUCGCUCCCGAGGAGACGCUGCGUGCCAGCUACGAGGCCUUCCCGAAGGACGCGAAGGGCAAUCUGCCGCCGCACCAGGCACUGCCUGCCUUGGCCCGAGCCUACUUUGCCAAGGAGCACGGCUGGUUGGUGCGGGGCUUGGAACCUCCCGGCGCUCCCAUCAUCGCGCCGGGGGAGACGUACCAAGCGGCCAAAGCUCCAAAGGAGCGUGGUGCGGGAGACCUCUAUGCCGUACACGCCUUGGAGGAGAGGGGUGUGGUGAGGUGGGUGUUUCUUCUUCUUUUUGUUGCUAGUACCUUCUUCCAGGAGUCACAAAGGGGUGGUGUUUGGCUCCUAAGUGAGUGGAUAAUGGGCACCCCUAUCCUCCAAUGGGCACCCCUUUGUGACUGCUGGUUGUUACUAGUAGUAAUGCCAGGAGCUACUAGUAGCGUCCUUGCUACUAGUAGUAAUGCCCUUGUGACUAGUAGCUUCUUGAUCAAGAACUGGGAGCUGGACGGGGUCGGGGGACUGGAGAUCCUGCAGGAAUCAGGAACCUUUGGUGAUGUGGACAUGAAGGGUGUUGGAUAG